AUGGCGGACGAUAAGAUCGCUCCUCAAGUCCGUCGAGAAUCAGAACCGCGACUACAAGCAUUUUCGAGGGAAGUCGACCACUCUCUUAAAGUGCUGAAGGCCGUAGUGACGCCCACCGAACUUGUUGGCAAUCUGGCCGCUGGAGCCGCCUCUGCCGUGUUCCCUCCAAGCAGCAUGUGCUUCGGUGCGGUCAUGUACCUCAUCGGUGCUGCUGGAGGCGACUCCGCUUCUCUGGAUGCUAUCGCAGAGCUAUUGGACGUGCUCAAGGAUAUCACCGUACGCCUGGCAGUGUACAACCAGGAAGACCUUUCCCGAGAGCUUCAGUAUAAGCUUGCUGAGAUCCUGACCACCGUCAGUGAGGUCUUUGCUCGGUCCACAAAGGUCGUCAAGGAAGGCGUUCUCCACAGGAUGAAGGCAUUUGGCAAGAAUUUGCUGUUGGGUUUGAUGACCCGACUCGAGAAGCUCACAUCGAGCGAAGACCGUCUAGUCGAGACCACCAUUCAUCUGCAGGAGAUGAGCCUCACGCAGAAUCAGAUGGCCCACGGAGUUGGACAAAUCCUCAAUGCUCUAGAGGACACUAAGGGUAAGGUGAAGCAAGAACAUGAUGUGAAAUACAUGGAGACUAUCAACCGAGUCUUGAAGCCAUCAGUGUCGCCGCAGGAACGAUUUGAUGAAAUCCGACGCGAGCACAUUGAGCACUCGGGUGACUGGAUCUGCUCAGAGGAGGCCUUUACGGCCCGGGUAACUGGCCAGGCUCCCAUUCUCUGGAUUUCUGGCAUGUCUGGAAGUGGCAAAUCUUUCCUCACAUACACCAUGAUCGACCACAUAAAGACGAAGUUUGCUGAUGAAGAGGGCUCCGCAGGUCGUACUUCGGUCGGAUUUACUUUCUUCAGAGACAAUAAGGAUCAGACCCGCUCAUUCGAACAAGCACCGCGCGAUGUUGCCUUUCAGCUCGCACAGACGGAUGAAUCAUAUGCGAAACACAUAUGCGAGUGUGUGUAUAAUGAAAGUGAUGUCGCUACUAUCCGUAGCGCCUGGCAACGCUUGUUUGUAGACUUCUUCUUGGAAAGCGAUCAAACCGACAGCUCAGCAUUCAUUCUGUUUGAUGGCAUGGAUGAGGCCUCUCCGGAAGGGCGCGAGACCUUUUUGGAGCUCCUCAAAGACGUAGAAAUUGCAGGAACUUCCUCACGCUUGCGAGUUGGGAUGCUUGGUCACCCACAAAUCCUGGAUGACAUCGCUGAUAUCCUGGAGCAGCAGGUACCAUUUGCAAGCUCAAAGAAAAUCCACACAGGAGAAGAGGAUGAAGACGCUAUAGCGGGCGCGAACGUCGACGAAGAGGACGGUCUGGACGAUGUGGAGAACGAUACGGAGUUCAGCUCAAAUCCUGCUACCACUUCAGUCGGCUUUGUACACCCAUCAAUCUCUGACUUCUUCAAAGAUCGUAAGCAAGGCAAAAUCAAUGCUGGGGUAGACGCACCGGCGAUUGGCGUCCAUGUGGAAGAGGCGGCGCUAUCGACCACGAAAACGUGUCUCGAUCUCGAGGAUGCGCUCCUGGACCGGAUGGACCAAGCGGUGAGCCUGCGGCCAUACGCGGAGCAUUUAGAAGAUCUUGACCAGACUCGGAUUGAUGAAACGAACAAGAUCGAGAUUGGCUCCACCCUUGUGAAGAUCCUGCGAGACGAUGAGAUUAUCUCAACGUGGAGUAGAGAGCGAGAUUGCCUUUGGUUUCGUCCCACUACUGCCUCCCGCAUUCUACCGUGGGUGCUUGAAUCCAGUGUAUUGGCUAAGAUUCCGGAUGACACAGCGACGUGGUUGAAGUCAAGCGAGAUCAGCCCUAUAGAACUCUUCGAGCUCGCCGUGCGCUUUUCUGCAACUCGUUGGCUGGAGCCUGGAGGGGAGAACUGGAACAUCAAGGCUGUAUCGAGAGAUGUUGCGGUGUACCUGCAAAUGAAGAAUGAGCGAAGACGUGCUCAGCAAGCGGGAAUCGAGAACGAAAAGGCUGGGAAGGAUAAACGAACGCAACUAAGCGGGGUGUACGUGGACUUAGCCGAGUGUUUUCAGGAGUUGGCCGCCUCGAUCGACCACCUGGACGGGCAGAACCUGCCGAAGGCGGACCUCGUGAAUUUCGUCAAGAUCAAACCAAAUAUUUCUCAGUACUACCUCGAGGCUUUCGCGUCAACAUCUGCCAACGGCGACCAGGAAUGCGACUGCGACUACAUCGCAAACUCCGUGAGAGAGCUACAUUUUCUCGCCAACUUUGGAGUCCAUGUCGCAGAUGCGGACGGACUGGGUGCGGAGCAGCAAAGCAAUGACCGGGAAACUCGCUUUGGACUACGUCCUCCACUGGCCUAUAUGCAGACGACCAUGAACAUCUUGGUCGAAGCGGCCAAGGUCCCCGUGGACAAUGGUCACACAGUCCUGAUAUCUUGCCUCACAGUAUUUGACACGCCGGACGAGGACUUCUUCAAGUGCAUUGCAGAGGCUUCCAAAGCCGCUGAUCGGAUGAAUUGGCUAGAAGGUGUGUACCGCGAAGCGAUUGUCGCCGCCACACGGGGCCGCGAACACGUUGCGGCCGCAGGAUUGCACCUAUGUCUUGCUGAGUUGUACGUGAGCUUCAGCAACGAGCCUGACAAAGCCAUUUGCAUCUGGGAGCUCAGCGGCACGGAGGGGUUGGACUCGAUUAAGCUGGAGACCAUGAUCGUCUGA